CCGUGUUUCUUUUCCUGAAUAGAUUCGUUUUGUUAGUGCUUAAGAGUGGUUGCUUUGACGAUCUACUUCAUAACUGCGUGUAUACUGCACUGCUAUUCCAUCCUAUUUUACGUAGUUCUCAUCGUUAAAAUUUUCUGUCAUUUUCUGUUUCUUUAAGGUAUGAAGAAUGAAUAAGUAUUUCUGGAUAUCGUUUUCCCUAAUCAGCGGAACUGCAUACACAGCUUACCGUUACAAUCUUCAGAAACAAAGGCUAAACAGGACGUACUACUCGGAUUUCAUUUUGGACGAAUUGCAGAUAGUGGAUAAUGACUUGGUGAAAUGCUCUUUAAAACCAAAGGUUCCACUGCAGAGAGAAAGUCUAUUAAAUAAUUGGAGCUAUAUUACCAUUUGCAAUCCAUACGUCCAAGCUGAACGGGAGUUUUCUCCUCUGACUCGUGACUUAAACGAUAUAAAACUCUUCAUUCGUACGUAUAAUAAAGGAACACUUGGUUCUUAUAUUAGACGCUGGAAACCUGGAGACACGAUUCGAGUCCGUGGUCCCCAUCCAGUAACGAAUGUGGACAUAAACCAGUACUCUCGCAUCAUUGCUGUCAUCGCUGGAACGGGAAUUGCACCUAUACUUCAGCUGGCUCAUUUCUACAAGAAGCCCUUGGAGGUAAUCUACUUUGUGAGAAACAAUGUCCCUCCUUUCUACAAAGAUGAACUAGAACAAUUAUCUUCCAAUGCAGAUGUUCAAGUCAUUCAAAAUCGCCCACUAACGGCUUCCACCAUCGCAAGCAUACUUCACAGCAAGGAACGCGAGUCCCCAGAUGAUGUACUAUUUCUCAUUUGUGGAAAUGACUCCUUCGUUCAAAAGUUAGUUGGCGACGUUCCAUGGAGCUCACGCAGAAGGCUGCUUGGCGAACCAAAAGGUAUUUUAUCAUCUAAACAGAAAAGGAAUUUUAUGGUAUUAUAAGGAUUGUUGUCGAUAAAUACUUUUGCAAAGUGAAACCAACAUCAAUCCUAAAAGAUAUUUAUGAGAGAUGAAUGAUAAACGACCAAGUACGAAAUAACUUAUUCAAGGAACUUCAUAAUUGCGUCGGUGGUAAUUUCGUCUUGUUCGUUAAAUUCAAUGACUUUCUGAACUUGAGCCUGGUUUUGGAACCAGACCUUUGCGGAAGCGUAAAGCAUAGACAUUUCACCAGAAACAGCUCCGGGGCGCCAAUACAAUAGGAACAUAGGAGUGGAAAGGCGUCCAUCUUUUGUCUUCAUAGGAUACGAUACGAGCACGUAUCUCAAAUUCGUGUCUGGCAACUCAUCAGCAAGCUCCUCAAUAGAUUCCAGCUGUUCAAUGUCUCCGUCAGGAACAACCUCUUGAGUAUUUUUGUUGAUUUUUAAAAGCAAGACGUAGAGAUUAGUCUUUUUAAGUCGAAGACGGAAUCGAUCAAUUAAGCCAGUUGUUUCGGCAGAAAUACUGAACAUACGCGCCUCAGAGCCCAUAAUGAAAUGUAAUGAAUGUUAAAUGAAGGGGUAAUAUGUUUUUUCUCAACGAAUACGAGGGACAAACAAACAAGAAAGAAUGCGGGAAUUCUUACGGUUGGUAUAUCAAUAGGUACGAUAAAUCUUUAGUAACUAUCCUCUCUAAAAACAGAAUAAACCGACGCCUAGCGAAAUACAAAACCAA